CAUAGUUCGUCAAAAAUAGUAACAAUAUUGUGAUAUUUUCAUACAAGUGACAUAUUAAAUAAAUUUUACAAAUAUUCUACAUUUUUUGCCCCAACUUGAGGUAUAAUAUUAUUAUAUCAAUAAUGGUCUUUAGAAAAAUUAACGCGCUCGAAAUUCUAAUGUGCGGGCUGACGAGAACGAUAAACAUAUUACUGGCCGGCUAGUAGUAAUACACGUCGUCGUCGUCUGGGAGAUUUUCUCGGAGAUCGGUCUCUGUGUUGGACGAUUUGUAUUUAGCUCAUUAGCAAUUCUCGAUUAAAUCCCAACGUGCACGUAUACAUAUUAUCUUCGCUCAAACAAAAGAUGGCAACUAACUAUUAUAACAUCGACGCUGUAAACGUCAUAUUGCUUGAAAUCUUAGAAGACAUUGUUGUCAACAUUAUGGAAGGCACUUACGCUGAUGAAACAGACGAAUAUCUCGUGGGUUUAGUUACCCUUCUUCUGUCUGCCAUUGAUUCGGGCGCUACUACUGCGAGUGGCGACGAUCAGACCCCGGAGUCGGAGCCUGAAGGACAAAAUCCGAUUCUUGGAGGCGCAGAUGGACAGGAGUUCGACGAAGACGCCGAGGAGUCCGUCUCCUUGCACAGUGAUGGAUUGCCGAGCGGCGAUGCGCUGUCAUCUGCAGCAGAGUCGGAGCUUGCUCCGAUCCCAGAGGCAGCACCGCUCGGCAACAACAACACUGUCCAAGAAGACGACAAUUCGAAAAUUUCGGAAGCAGAAGAGGACCAUUCCGUUUUGUUGGCAAGCAGCUGUACGUCGUCGUGUGGGGACGCGCCGUCCUCGGAGUCGGGGCCUGUCGAUCCCACUCCGACUCCUGAGGGCGGACCGCUCGACGAUGUUUUGCGUACAGAAGACGUGUUGGAUGAGAAAAUUGAGCCGGCCAGGGGUAUAGUUGUAAAAAACAGUCUUGGUGAGCUGGUCGGUUGACUGGACCCGGCGGCAGCACCCGGAAAAAUCGAUCCACCUCGUACGAGGUGGAAAAGCGUGAGACGCUUUUCCCGGGCUCUGUGCUGCUGCCGAUGAGAACCCGUCCGCAGCUCACCUCUUGGCCGUAGACGACGGGCAGGAUGACGGCGACACAGAGGAGGGGAGGAUGUGAGAAAGAGCACGGACGGUGCGCGGCGGUAAGUCACCCACGCACGUUCUCCGGUCACCCGCGGCGCGACGGGUUGUUCGCGGGCGUAGCGCGCUCGUUCGUCUUUGACGCGCGAGACCCUCUGGCGGCUCGGCGAGCGCCCGGCUGCAGUUACGGUCACGUGGAGCGGCGACGACGGACGACGGCGAUGACACGGUGGCUAGUAGUAGAGGUACCGGCGCGGGCAACGAUUCCGCCCCGACGGUACACCGACGAUGACGACGGCGAUGGCAACUCGGUACGACGGCAGCGGCGGAGACCUUGGCACGGGGUGAGUGGUAUGGAGAUUUGCGUGCUAGGAACACGGAGACGUCAGCGUCGCCGGAUCCAAGGAAACUUAACGGUUUCAGGGUCUGGCGGCGCGGGACUUCACCACCAAGGCGGCGGAACGAAGAAGCGGCCGAAGGGACAACGCCAGGGCGAAAAUUACCGAGAGUUGAGGAUCGCGCUGCGGUCCGCUGGCUCUCGCCUUUUCGCCCCGCGGUAAUCUCACACUGGCCGCUUCGCUCGUCCCCGCCGGUUCCGCAGCACAAAAUCUCGAUUCGCUCGCUCCGUGUCUUGGUCUUCGCCGUCCGUCGGCAGAGUCGUCGCGCCGUCGACCGUCAACGCGCACAACAUCGCGCACUAUAGCCGCCGUUCGUCGCCGACAUCCGUGGUCGCUCCGCGGCCGUAUCGGUUUGGCCUCGCCGGCUGGGCAAGGUCGUCAAGCGUCCGAGCAAACGCGCCCGCGACAUACUCGGCAACCCGCGGGACAGGUCGUGAGAACGUGCAGAGGUGACCAGUGGCCAAUAACAUUGCAUAUAUCCGCACCAAAAUUCGCCAUCUUGCAUCCUCUCCCCCUUGUUGAUUGUGUCCUGACCUCCUGCCCGACGUAUUUUUUUUUUCAUUUUAUUUCUUUAAAUUGUUUCAAAUUGUUUAAUUGUUCAUAUAUUGUAAAUUUCGAUUUUUUUUUUCUUAUUCUCGGCUCUUUUUUAAUAUAUUAUUUAUAGCCAAUGUGCUAAUUUUUUUCAACCAUAAUACUAUUUCUGUUUUGAAAAAUAUUGUUUCUACAUUUUUGUACUA